AUGAAGGUGUACACGACUAUUUUGCUGUCAGCCGUAGCCAUGCAAGUGGUACUUGGUGGCGCAGGUGGCGGUAUUACCUUUGACAACGCUGGUGAUUACACGCCAGGCGGCACCGAGGGCACGACUGACAAUAAGCCACCGAGCAGCGGAAGCGGUUCACCACCUACCAGCACGCCACCGGGUCCGUCAUCUCCUUCGGCAAGUCCGCCAGCAACACCUGGUACACCAUCGGCUGGAACGCCUCCUACACCAGGAGCUCCAACGACUGGAACACCGAUACCAGGAACACCUCCGGCCUCACCACCAUCCACACCGGGCGCUCCACCUGUCUCACCGUCUCCUAUUCAUCCUGCUCAGGAGGCACCUGGGGGAAACACAAACACCACCAAUCCAACACCUCCGUCGAUUGUCAACCCAACUGGAUCCGGUGCGACGCCUCCUACCGGAUCAGGCUCACCAUCUCCCAGCGGAGUAGAUACACCAUGCCCAGAACUAGCAUACAGUUACCCACCCGGCACAACGACACCCAACACGGUUGGCGGUGACCACUCAAGCAAUGUCCCUACCCAAGGAACCCCAGUCCCUGGGAUUCCUCCUGCCAACACUCCUGGAACUCCCCCUGCUGAUACUCCAGGAGCUCCUCCUGCUGGUACUCCAGGAGCUCCUCCCACUGGUACUCCAGGAGCUCCUCCCACUGGCACUCCAGGAGCUCCUCCUGCGGGAUCCCCGCCCGUUGGCACUCCAGGAACACCUCCAGCUGGCACUCCCCCCGCUGGGACUCCCGCUUCUAUCAUCAUAAACAGCAUUACUAAACAUGACAAUGUCGAAACGUCUGUCAUGAACUUUUUCAUUUGGGUUGAGUGUCUAGCAAGAAGAAGCAAUCCGUCUCAAGAAAGUUCGUUCACUGUCUUGAUAGACGCGGCUUUAAUGUCUACUGCGCCUUCACAAGAAACACUCGAUUAUUCACGUCCACAAACGUGGCGCAACUUGCCACAGCAGCAGAAGCGCGGGAAAAAAAUUAACUACAACGAAUGUCGCUCUUUAAGUAACGCUAGUGCCCUAUUUAACCGCGUUGCCAUCCGUGCCGAUCACAUUGCAGCCAAAGGCGAUUUCCCGCCGACUAGUCAGGGCGAUCAUCACGUGGAUAUGGACGAAGCUAAUCGUAAGCGUAUCAUUUAUCGUAGUAAACAACGUGGAUGGCUUGAAGUGGAUCUACUAUUGGGCCGCUGGGCUAGUGAGAAUGUCAUGCAACUUUCAAGCGACCAAUUGCAGCAGUAUGAGGAUAUUCUUAACGAAGAGACGAUUGAUAUUUUCAAUUACAUCUCUGAUAUUGUUGUACGACGUUGA